AUGGCGGAGCUCUCUUCGCUCCCCAAAGUACCGCUCCUGUCGCAAGGUCAGCAAGAUGUGCUUUCCGGUACCAUCGGCGGUAUCGCCCAGGUGCUCGUCGGUCAACCACUGGACAUCCUCAAAGUGCGUCUCCAGACCUCACCCCCGGGCACCUACACCGGUAUGCUCGACUGCGCCACCCGCAUCGUCCGCAACGAAGGACCGCUCGCCUUCUACAAGGGCACGCUCACUCCACUCCUCGGUGUCGGUGCCUGCGUUUCCAUCCAGUUCGGCGUAGUCGAAGCGCUCAAACGACAGUUCUCCUCGUCCAACGUGCGCUCGAAUCGAUCCGCCGACCUGAGCUACGGGCAAUUCUACCUCGCAGGAGGGAUCGCAGGUUUGGCGAAUAGCGUCGUUGCCGGGCCCGUCGAGCACAUCCGUAUCCGACUCCAGACCCAACCCUCACCACCGCUUUACCGAGGUCCGAUCGACGUCGUCCGUUCGAUCACCACUACUGCUGGACCACUCUCGAUCUUCCGCGGACAACUGCCUACCUUUGCGCGCGAGUUUCACGGCAUGGGAAUGUACUUUCUCACAUACGAAGCCCUCGUCUCGCACAAACUGUCUUCGUCCAACAUCUCGAGGAACGAACUGCCAGCGACGUACGCCAUGUUCUCCGGCGCAAUGGCAGGUUACGCCCUCUGGCUCACAGCCUACCCGGCGGACAUCAUCAAGAGCAAGCUCCAAACCGACGCACUCGAUCCCUCACAGAGAAGGUACAAGGGUGCGCUGGAUUGCAUCCGUCAAACCUUUAGGCAAGACGGUGUCAAGGGAUUCUUCCGAGGUCUACUACCGACCUUGGUCAGAAGCCCGUUCGCCAACGCCGCUACAUUUGUCGCUUUCGAAUGGGCAAGCAGGAACUUGAAGGAUUUGUAA